AAAAUUAUGCUCUUUCCCUAAGAUGGCUCCGAAGGUGAAGAAGGAAGCUGUCCCUGCCAAGACUGAAGCUAAAUCUAAAGCCUUGAAGGCUAAGAAGGCUGUUUUGAAAGGUGUUCACAGUCACAGGCGGAAGAAAAUUAGGACAACACCUACCUUCAGGAGACCAAAGACACUCAGAUUGAGAAGGCAACCCAAGUAUCCCAGAAGGAACAAGUUGGACCAUUAUGCUAUUAUUAAAUUCCCUCUCACCACUGAGUCUGCUAUGAAGAAAAUAGAGGACAACAAUACCUUGGUUUUCAUAGUUGAUAUAAAGGCCAACAAGCACCAAAUCAAACAGGCUGUUAAGAAACUGUAUGAUAUUGAUGUAGCCAAAGUCAACACACUUAUCAGGCCUGAUGGUGAAAAGAAAGCCUAUGUACGCCUGGCCCCAGACUAUGAUGCAUUGGAUGUCGCUAAUAAGAUUGGCAUCAUCUGAUAUGUUUACAAGAAGACCUUUAUAAAUAUUGCAAUAAAAAAUUUAAAAGAAAGAAAAAAAAACAUGCAAAA